UAAUUUACGGGUACAUGGACGGUAAACUGGCUUUCAACUGUAUGUAGCAAACACAUGUGUCAUUUUUUACGAUUAUCAAUGCACAUCCAUAUACAUAAAUUAAUUAAUCCUGCAAACGGGUCUCUGAUUGAUCGUCGUCUGAAAUAUAACCCUAUGACUCGCGUGCAUCUCUACCGAAUCAGUUAUUGAGUUGUAACAGAUAAUGGCGGCUUUAAGUAAAACCGCGUUCAACGUUUUUUUGGUGGUCAUGUUCCUUGGAAUUUCAGUAUCGUAUUUGGCAUACUCCAUCGUGGUUGAACCAGAGUCUUUCAUGUUUAGUUACCUGGCAAUGACUGCGUCGUCUGGUAAAGUUUCAGAGAUUUUCAAUUUGCCACAUUCCGUCGCUUCUAUUCUGAUGCCGAAAGUAGAUGUUAGCGAACUCGAGUCUAACAAGACCAUCACCAUAAGUACCAGCGAAACACAAGAACAGCUUGGGCCACAAUAUACGUCAAUAAGGAAAGGAUAUUUACUUCCUAUUCAUCACUAUGGAAGCGGUCCAAAUUUUAAUUUUGAACAUUUCAGGACAGCCACACUAUUUGCCUUGUACACUAAUAGAACAAUUGUGGAGAAAUGGUUUCAUACUCACCGGAGCCAAAAUUCAGAUACGAUGGGUUGGAAGUUUCUGAAUGAGACUUUCGAUGUAAAUAAACUGAGGAAGAUAGUAGCUGUGGCAAGUAUCGACGAAUUCAAAAGUAAGUGCAAUAACACCGCCAACACAGUUAUUGCGUUGGCCUCGAAUCGUGUCGAUGUUGAAGAAAUGUACCAAAAACACGUAGAAUUAUAUGAAAAAGAAUAUGGCAUAUUUAUGCAAGAUUGGUCUCAGAUAACUGUAACUGCGAACCCUAAAGAUGUUUUCAACUCAUUGAAGAACGUAGGAUGUGUUGGGAUAUAUAUGCCAAGAGAUUUCGACUCAUUCAAAUUUCCUGAACGAUCGGAGCUUCUGAAGCAGAUUGACAUGCAUCUAAUUCGACCUCAGAGAGUACGAGAAAUGGCUAUUGCGGUGAACAAAGUCAUAUUUCAUAACCAACCAUAUAUGGCAGUGCACUUUCGAACGAAGACUGAGGAAGGGUGUCGCGGUAAUUAUACAAACUGUGAUCCAGACAGAGUAGCAGCUAUGAAACGGUCAGCAAUUAGUGUAUCGGAGGAUUUCCACACGUUAAUGUCAAAGAGAAAUAUAUCAGCUUUGUAUAUGGCUCUUCCAAAUUAUGCAAUGAAGAUUCCCAAUGUAGUCACAGCAGAAGAUAUAGCGGCAUUACCAUCCAUAGCACCAGUGAAAGACGAUAACUACGUGAUGUCUUUGGUAGAACAAGAACUGUGCAUACGCGUGGAGCCUCAAUUUUAUAUAUACGAAUACAUGCCGAUAACAACGUUCGCCGAAGACAGUUCUUCUAACGGUAAUACUGCAGCACUUUGGACAAAUGGAGUACAACUCAAUCUAUCCCAACCCGAUUAUCAUACAUCGCAGCGAAAAGAGAAAACUAUAAGUGAAAAAAAGCAUAUGAAAAAUACUAAUUUGACGGUUUUAGAAGUUGAAUUAAAAUACACUUGUAUGCACAACACUACUGUUAAUGGACCCAGAUCUAAUGGUUAA